AUGGCGUUCGCCAGACAGUUGCUGUUACCAAGACACAAACGUGGACUUCAGUUCACAUGGACUCGCCACAUCUUCUCCAGCUCUGUUGUGCGUCAUGAACGUUUGAACGAGGUACUGCCUCCACUGGAGUGCUUCACAAAGAGACACAUUGGACCCUCAGAGCAAGAGACUGGGGAAAUGCUCAGGGCCUGUGGAGUAGAGUCAAUGGAUGAGCUGAUUUCCAAGACAGUACCAGAGAAUAUCAGACUCAACCGACUUCUCAAGCUGGACACACCACUAUCUGAACUAGAGCUUCACAAACGAGUGGAGAAAUUGGCCUCCAAGAACACUCUUCAUCGGUCGUACAUUGGCCUUGGUUACCAUGACACCAUCAUGCCAGCAGUCAUCAAGAGAAACAUACUAGAGAACCCUGGAUGGAUCACACAGUACACACCCUACCAGCCCGAGAUGUCCCAGGGUCGACUGGAGAGUCUAAUGAACUAUCAAACACUAAUCAGUGACCUCACAGGACUGGACAUUGCCAAUGCCUCACUUUUGGAUGAGGCCUCAGCUGCUGCAGAAGCAAUGGCUCUCUGUCACAGACAGUGCAAAUGGACAGAGACUCCGCUGUUCCUGGUGGAUAGUCGCUGUCACCCUCAGUCCAUCGCCGUAGUGAGAACCAGAGCAUCUCAUCUCGGAGUGGAGGUGGUGGAGUCUGACUUUAGGGACUUUGACUUCUCAUCUGGACAGGUGUGUGGAGUGUUGCUGCAGUACCCCAACACUGAUGGUCAGAUCAACGACUACUCUCAAGUCAUCGAGAAGGCACACGGUCAGGAGAAAAAGGCUAUGGUAGCCAUGGCGACUGAUUUACUUGCGUUAACCCUUUUGAAACCCCCUGGUGAUCUCGGAGCUGACAUUGCCUUUGGAAAUGCACAGAGAUUUGGAGUGCCCAUGGGCUAUGGUGGUCCCCACGCUGGGUUCUUUGCUGUCAAGAAAGAGUACACCAAAAACCUUCCCGGGAGAAUAGUGGGAGAGACAUGGGACAGCCAUGACAACCCUAGCUAUCGACUGUGUCUACAGACGAGAGAGCAGCACAUUCGCCGAGACAAGGCUACCAGUAACAUCUGUACUGCCCAAGCACUAUUAGCCAACAUCUCAGCCAUGUAUGCUGUCUACCACGGCCCCGAGGGACUCAGGGAGAUAGCCACUAGAGUGCAUCGGAGUACCCUAGUGCUGGCUGAAGCACUAAGGAGGCAAGGUCACAUUGUCCACCAGGGACCUUUCUUUGACACUGUCAAGGUGACAUGUAACUUUGACGUGGCGGACAGACUCAAAGUUCUCAGGAGAGGUAUGGAGAAAAAAAUCAACCUGAGAAUCUAUGAGGAUGAGUCAUUGGGCGUAGCUCUGGACGAGACGGUUACCCCUAGUGACAUGGCUGACCUGAUGUGGAUGUUUGGUACUUCGCGGGGGGUCCAGGACUCCAUCAUCAACAGCCCCCCAGCAGAGGACACAGAGGGGGUCAUUCCGGGAACACCCUUUGAGAGAACAUCACAGUUCCUACAACACUCUGUCUUCAACUCGUAUCACAGUGAGACUGCCUUGCUGCGUUAUAUGAAGCGAUUGGAGAACCUUGACCUUUCACUCGUUCACUCAAUGAUACCACUGGGCUCUUGCACUCUGAAACUGAAUGCUACUAGCCAGCUGAUCCCUGUCUCUAUGGCAGAGUUCAACUCUCUCCACCCAUUCAUCCCCGAGGAGCAGGCAGUUGGCUAUCAAGAGCUGCUCGAGGAACUAGAGAGAGACCUCUGUGAGAUUACUGGCUAUGACAAGUUCAGUUUCCAGGCUAACAGUGGUGCUCAGGGUGAAUUCUCGGGGUUGUGUGCGAUCAUGGCGUACCACUCUGACCAAGGGGAGCAGCACAGGAACAUCUGUCUCAUCCCAGCCUCGGCUCAUGGUACCAAUGCAGCCUCGGCUCAGAUGGCAGGCCUACAAGUGGUCACUCUGCCUACUAACAAGGACGGGAGUGUCAGUGUCUCCGUGUUCAAAGAGGAGAUUGUGAAGCACCAGAAAAACCUCGCUGCUGUGAUGAUCACGUACCCCUCCACAAGUGGUGUGUUUGAGGAGAGCAUCGUCGAGAUCUGCUCCACUGUACACGACUACGGGGGACAGGUGUAUGUGGAUGGAGCUAACAUGAAUGCCCAGGUGGGACUGUGUCGUCCUGGUGACUAUGGCGGUGACGUCUCUCAUCUCAACCUACACAAGACCUUUUGUAUCCCUCAUGGUGGAGGCGGUCCCGGCAUGGGGCCCAUAGGAGUCAAGGCACACUUAGCCCCGUACCUGCCCACCCACCCAAUCACACGUCUCCCGGGGGCACAACUGGACAAGAGCUUUGGAACAGUGUCAGCUGCAGCUUGGGGUUCAGCCUCUAUCCUACCCAUCUCAUGGGCUUAUAUCAGGCUGAUGGGCCCACGAGGUCUAACAAAGGCUACUGAGAUGGCCAUAUUGAAUGCCAACUACAUGGUGGCGAAAUUGAAGGACCAUUACAAGAUACUAUUCACUGGAUCUCAAGGUUUCAACGCUCACGAGUUCAUCAUCGACACUCGCGAGUACAAGGCCAAGACAGGAGUGGAGGCGGUCGAUAUUGCCAAGCGUCUACAGGACUACGGGUGCCACGCCCCCACCAUCUCAUGGCCUGUCAUCAACACCCUCAUGUGUGAGCCCACUGAGAGUGAGAACAAAGAGAUGCUAGACAACUACUGCGAUGCUCUCAUCUCUAUCAGAGGAGAGAUUAAGGACAUUGAGGAUGGAAAAUAUGAUCAGAAGAACAACCUAUUGAAGAAUGCUCCCCACACGAUGAAGGUAGUGACAGGCAGUACGUGGGACCUACCCUACAGUAGAGAGGAGGCAGCCUUCCCUGUGAAAUGGUUGACCCCAGUCAACAAGCUAUGGCCGGGAAGUGGGCGUGUCAACGAGGUGUACGGGGACAGAAAUGUGGUGGCAACACGGUACGGCAAACCAGACAAAUCCUGAUUGAGUAACAACUGAGAACAAUUGUUCCCGUGUCUGUGGAUUAAUGACUAUUUAUAUCUGUACUUUUUAUGUGGAUAACAUCGAACUCUGUAUGUGUAUUGUAUUCAAUUUAAAAUUAUGAAGAUUUUUCUUGGAA